GUUAUUUGAGGGGGUGUGGUCUUUCCUAUGGUUUUACUACUUCCAGAAAACCGGGAAGGUCGCCCACCCCAAACGUUCAACUUUGCAAUAGCAUCAACACUCUCUACUCGCUUCCAACAACGCUUCUUAUUCUGCAGUUUCCCGGUCGGUUUAUUUAUUAUUGCCAAUCUGAAGCUAGUUGCACGCCAAUACACAACUUUAACCACUGCACCAACCACUGUUGUCAACUGAACUGAACUGCUGCACCAUCUCCCCCGCCACUUGCUCUAGGCAGCCCGCAAGCUUAUUGAUUCGCCAGCCAGCUGGCAGCCUUUCUGCACCACGCGUCCGCUCUCUAAACUUUGUAUCUUGAGUUCUAGCUCUACAAGUUUUACAGGGAAAGCUUCGACGAAACUCUAUUGCGUAUAAGACGACCUUUAAAAAGAGCCCGAUCCCCUUUCCGCCUGGCCGGCCAUUCCAGCCUGUCCUUCUUCCGCCACAAAACCCACGACGACUUCUGCACAUCCUCUAAACAACCACCUCCUCGCACAUCAUGGCCCCCACUAAGAAAUCUAAGAACUCUCCUGAAGCUGUAGCUUCACCCAGCUCGUCGGGCUCGCAGCUCAAGGCAAAUACGGGGAGAUCUCAUGAGGAGAACCAAGAACGUGCCUACAUUGCUGCUUCUCGUCGCACUGAUCGGAGCAUCGAGGCGAGGGUCCAAUCAGCUCGUAUGGCCAGUGAGAUCCACAAGAAGCGGACCGGCAAGAGCUUUCGCAUUACCGAAGAAAUCGUUAUCAAGGAGGAAAUGUAUGAAGAGGAGGACGACAUUUAUCUGCGUUCCUACCGGCGACUCGGAUCGAACAUGCAAACUUCGUCAGCCAACAUGAACAGCCGCGCGGAAGCGUUUAUCAAUAACAAGGUAGCCAUGUCCAGCCUUGCUGCAAAGACUGACGACGACUGGCGCGAGAACGAAAUCAACAAACUCUUUGCUCAGUCAUUUGGCAAUGUAACUAGCCAAGUGCCGCGAAUGGUACCUCAAGUUACACCGCAGCAGAUCCCCCAGCCUGCUGCUAUGAAUAUGGCACCAACCAGCCCGCUCCAAGCUGGAUUUCCUCCCGUCAACUUUCCUGCACCGCAACCCGCAGUUCAACAACUCCCAAUUCAACAGCCUCCCGUUCAGGCUCCUAUGCCACAACCUCCACUAAACGCCAACCUUGAGCUUCAGUUUGCAACUGGACUCCCAAGCGGUCCUACAGAGAUGCCUCUACCGACACACCAGCUUGAUGCAAUGCCCCGGCAGCCCCCGUUUCAUGUCGAUUCACCAAUAGAUCUUGGCCCACGUCAAACGUCUGCUUUUACACCUAGGAUGUCGCCAGAAGGCUACCUGUUAACGCCAGGCUCAGAAACGGGCACCCAGAUGGACCAGCAGCUGCAAGAGUGGCUUGUGGCUGACGCCUUGUACAACCCGCGAGACGCUGCUAAGUUCGGCAACACCUUGGAUAUGACAUUUCCGACGACGGGCAUGUCAAUGGGUGUCAUGGAAGAUCCCAUGGCGCCUGUUGACGACCAACCGCAGUGGGACGCGUUUAUCAACGACAGUGCCUGGGCCCAGGAGUAGCGAAAUCUCAAAUCUUGACUUGCUGUACCUUAUAACUCUGCACCGGCUUGUUACCGCCAAGUCGGGUGGAAAUAUUCUUUUUGGGUAUAGCAACACUUUUGCCGAUCUGAAGUAUCAUUAUUCAACCAACUCACACUACCCACUAUCUAUGUCGUGGCGAACUCGCAACAUCGCUUACGCAGCGUACAUGAUGAGCGGAUUCACCACGCUUGGAUCGACGACCAAAACAUUCCUCUCGUACAUAUAUUCUCUGUUAUCAAACACGGAUUGGGACAGCGUUUGAAAUUUUCACCUUUUACGACAUUGCUACUGUUUUCAUUUUUUAUUGAUAUCCCAAGGUUGUUGAUAAACAGACAAUUUCUCAGGAAUUUUAAUGGAAAGCAUACGGAAUUUUCCACUUCAGAAUGCUCUUGCUUUGGGUAUUCAUUUUUUUAUUUUAUUUUUUAUUUAUACAACGCGGAUCGAUGUGAUCCACGUACACGGACAAGUUUACGAUUGGGAGGACCACAUUAUGCAUUUUAGAGCGGAUUAGCAAAAAACACGAUGCUAUUCAUAGGACACACGACUAGCUUAGGCAAAACAUGCGAGAAAAUGGAGGAGGAAAUAGGAAUAAUAUAUGAGUAUUCCCCC